GCCAACACCACCAGAUGACAUUAGCAUUGUCCCAAUUCCCCCUCUAAAGUAUAUGCAAAACUCGGUGGGAACACAGGACAUGGCGUAGUGCUGAGUUCACAAAAGAUAACACUUCACAAAAAUAAUAAUCAGCUCCCACUUCCAAUCCCUUGCAUUCAAUCAAUCAUUCCACCCCCUUUUCAUCCUUACUUAAGAUCAAGAACUCCAAUUACCAUACCCCUCUACCCAAAAACCAUUCUGAUCUCACAGAUUCGUUAUUAUGACCUUCACCAAGGAGGAUGAAGUUGAUGAUCAUGUGUCAAUCAAUAACAAUUAUGUAGAUGGUGGAUCACAGAACAUUGACACCAACGAAAUUGUGACACCUGAAGAGGAUAACUUUGGAGAAUGGUUGAGUUUAGGCCUAAAAGGAGACAUGCCUCAUGAAGCAGUGGAACAAAACCAAUACUCCCAAUCAAAACCUCUCCACAACAAGGUAUUCUCAUGCAACUUCUGCAUGAGAAAGUUUUAUAGUUCACAAGCCUUAGGGGGUCACCAGAAUGCACACAAGAGGGAAAGAGAAGCAGCCAGAAGUUACCAAUCUCAUAGGAUGAUGACAACAUCAAUGGGAUUUUCUUGUUCUUCUUUGGCAUCUCGGUCACUGGGAAUUCAGCCCCACUCGCUUGUGCACAAGCCAAGCAGAGAAAGGACUAAUAUGGUGGCUAGAUUCAAUGAUGCCAGUUCUGGGAUUAAUGGAAUGGCAUCAUGGGCAUGGCCACCCUUUAUGCUUGAACAAGCCGUUGAUUUCAUAUGGCCAGGUAGCUUUCGAAUGGAUUUGCCAAAGCAAGAAUCAAAUAUUAAUAAGCUUGACUUAGAUCUUCGCCUCUGAUGCUUCAGAGUCCUGAUUUACCCCUCUGCUGCUUUCUUCUUGAUUUCCAUAUGCUAUGUGUAACUUGUGCUAAUAAGAUGUCA